CGUGUCCGUGCGGGGCGUGUCCCGGGCGGCGGGCGAUGGCGGUGCUGGCGGCUGCGGCGGCGCUGGCGGUCGCGGUGGCGCUGGCGCUGCUGCAGCGGUUGCUGCGCCCGCACCUCUGGGCCGACCUGGCGUUCGCGGUUCGCGCCGCGCGGUGCCGGCGCCGGGCGAUGCGGGGCAGGGGCGGCCUGGCCGCCCGGUUCCUGCGGGCGGCGCGGGAGGCGCCGGCGCGGCCGUUCCUGCGGGCGGCGGGGGGAGCGGAGCCCUACGGGGCGGCGGCGCGGCGGGUGGCCCGGGUGGCCAACGCGCUCCGGCGGCGGCCGCUGCCCGGGGGGGGCGAGCUGGGGCCCGGCGUGACCGUGGGGCUGCUGGUGGGGAACGAGCCGCGGUUCGUGUGGGGCUGGUUGGGGCUGGCGGCGCUGGGGGCCCGACCCGCGUUCCUGGGCACGGCGCUGCGGCCGCCGGCGCUCCGGCACUGCCUGCGGGCCUGCGGGGCCAGGGCGCUGCUGGUGGCGGACGGCCUAUUUGCGGCGGUGGAGCCCAUCCUGCCCAGCCUGCGCGAGGACGACGUGGCCGUGUGGGUGCUGGGGGGGGGUCCGUACCCCCCCGGCGCCCUGGCCCUGCAGGACCUGCUGGACGCGGCCUCCGAGGAGCUGGAGCCCGAGGACGUGUGGGAGCCGCAGGACAUGAGUGACACCUGUCUCUACAUCUUCACCUCCGGCACCACCGGUCUCCCCAAAGCCGCUCGCAUCUCCCACCUCAAGUCCAUCAUGUGCCUGAGCUUCUACGAGCUGGUCGGAGCCUCCAGCCGGGACGUGAUUUACCUGGCGCUGCCGCUCUACCACAUGGCCGGGUCCCUCCUGGGCAUCGGCGGCUGCAUCGGCAUCGGGGCCACGUGUGUGUUGAAGGAGAAGUUCUCAGCCGGCCAGUUCUGGGAUGAUUGUCGCGCCGAGGGCGUCACCGUCUUCCAGUACAUCGGGGAGCUCUGUCGCUACCUGGUCAACCAGCCGCCGCGCCCCGGGGAGCGGGAGCACGGGCUGCGGCUGGCGGUGGGCAGCGGGCUGCGCCCCGACGUCUGGAGGAGCUUCCUGCGGCGCUUCGGGGACAUCCGCGUGGUGGAGACCUACGGCAUGACCGAGGGCAACGUCACCCUCUUCAACUACACGGGGACGCCGGGGGCCGUGGGGCGCAGCAGCUUCAUCUACAAGCUCGUCUCACCGUUUGACAUCGUGCGCUAUGACGUGGCGCAGGGAGCGCCGGUGCGGGACACGACCGGGCGCUGCGUCCGUGUGAAACCGGGCGAGACGGGGCUGCUGAUCGCCCCGGUGAGCCCCCGCACCCCGUUCCUGGGCUACGCCGGCAGCCGGGAGCAGUCGGAGCAGAAGCUGCUGCGCGGGGUGUUCGCCGAGGGCGACACCUAUUUCAGCACCGGGGACCUGAUGGAGCAGGACCGCGACCAGUUCGUCCGCUUCCGCGACCGCACCGGGGACACUUACAGGUGGAAAGGCGAGAACGUGGCCACCACCGAGGUGGCCGAAGCCUUGAUGGCCCACGAGUCCCUUCAAGAAGCCACCGUGUACGGCGUCACCGUGCCAGGCCACGAGGGCCGCGCCGGGAUGGCCGCGCUGGUUCUGCGUCCCGGCUGCCGCCUCGAUGGCUCCGCGCUGCACCGGCACCUGGAGCAGCUGCUGCCGCCGUACGCCUGGCCCCGCUUCCUCCGGCUGCAGGAGCGGCUGGAGAUGACGGAGACGUUCAAGCAGCAGAAGGCGCGGCUGGCGCGCGAGGGCUGCGACCCGGCGCGUGUCCCCGCGCCGCUGUUCCUGCUGGACGCCGCCGCCGGGACCUACGUCCCGCUGGUUCCCGCGCUCUGGGAGCGCGUCCUGGACGGGCGGCUCCGCAUUUAGAGCCGGAGCCGCGGGUGGCCCCGCGCCGGGCGCCACGGAGCGCCCGCCCCCCUGUCCCGCCAGCGCCGGGUGGCCCGCGGGUCCCCACGGCCGUCCCACCGUCCCCAGGUACCCAACACACGUCCUGUGGGUCCCCACGGCCGUCCUGCCGUCCCCACGUAGCCAACACAGGUCCUGUGGGUCCCCAUGUCCGUCCUGCCAUCCCUGGGUCCUCAUGUCUGUCCCGUGGGUGCCCACAUCUGUCCUGCUGUCCCCAGGUACCCACCAUGUGUCCUGUGGGUCCCCAUGUCCGUCCUGACACCCCAUGUACCCAACACAGGUGCUGUGGAUCCCCAAGUCUGUCCCGCGGUUCCCCACGUCUGUCCUGCCAUCCCCAUGUACCCAACACACAUCCUGGGGGUCCCCGUGUCUGUCCUGCCAUCCCCGGGUCCCCAUGUCUGUCCCGUGGGUCCCCACGUCUCUCCUGCCACCCCGUGUACCCACCAUGUGUCCUGUGGGUCCCCAUGUCUGUCCCACGGGUCCCUGUGUCCAUCCUGCUGUCCCCAUGUACCCACCGCGUGUCCUGUGGGGUCCCCACGUCCGUCCUGUCGUCCCCGGGUACCCAACGUCUGUCCCACGCGUCCCCACGUCUGUCUCGCGGGUCCCUGUGUCCGUCCUGCUGUCCCUGCGUACCAAACAUCUGUCCCACGGGUCCCCAUGUCUGUCCUGUGGGUCCCCACAUCUGUCCUGCCGUCCCUACAUGCCCAACAUCUGUCCCACGGGUCCGUAUGUCUGUCCUGCCGUCCCCAUGUACCCAACAUCUGUCCCACGGGUCUGUAUGUCCGUCCUGCCACCCCCAUGCACCCCCCAUGUGUCCCGUGGGGUCCCCCCGUCUGUCCCACGGGUCCCUCUGUCCAUCCCCGUCCCCAGGUCCCCCAUGGCCUCUGUGUCCCCAUGUCCCCCCCCAAUUUGGGAGCUGGGGGGGGGGUCACGUCCCCCCGCACUGGGGUCCCGCUCUUUGUAGGUACAAACACACUUUUUUAGGGGUUUUUUGGAUAAAUAAACUCUUUUUGUAGCAAA